UGCAAGAAUUGGUACCUAGUAAACCAAGGACAUGGGCUUCAACAUGUCUGCCACUACCCUCAAUGCGUAGUAGCCUUAGGUACCCCAGUACCCCGGUACCCCCGUGUUUACCUUGAAGAGGGUGGGUCGCCGUUUUUUAUAUAAUAUUUCAGACGUUCCUCUACUUUCCAGGGAGAUCGUCUUCUUUCGUUACUCAAGGACACAAGUGCGAUAGCAUCAUAGACGGCUUUGUUUCGAACAUCAUACUAUUCACUCAACAGUUACACGGCCGAGACUCAGACACAAGUCAACUUGUCCACAUCCGUCCAACAAAUAGAGCUUCGUGCUCAUCUACCUACCCUCUUACCCCCCCUCUAUACCGUCGCUACAUUACCUAGUCAUCGCGAUGGUUAAGCUAGCAAUUCGAAAGCCCGAGGAUGAUGUCGGCAAGGCGUGGCCGGCCAUUGCCAUUGGGCUUUUUGUGGCCUUUGGUGGUGUAUUGUUCGGUUACGACACGGGCACCAUCAGCGGCAUCCUGGCCAUGGACUAUUGGCAGACCCUCUUCUCGACGGGUUACGUUAAUACGCAGGGUCAUCUAGACGUGUCCCCGGAGCAGUCCUCAGCCAUUGUCUCCAUUUUAUCUGCGGGUACCUUCUUCGGUGCCUUGGGCUCCCCUCUCUUGGCCGAUAAUAUGGGUCGCCGGCUUGGUCUCAUCACCUCUUCUUGGGUGUUUAUCCUCGGUGUAAUCUUCCAGACCGCGGCGACAUCUCUGCCACUGUUCCUGGCUGGUCGCUUCUUCGCCGGUUUUGGUGUUGGUCUGAUUUCUGCCAUGAUUCCCUUAUACCAAAGUGAGACGGCGCCCCGAUGGAUCCGAGGUGCUAUUGUCGGCGCGUAUCAGCUAGCGAUCACAAUCGGUCUCCUCCUAGCCGCCAUCGUGGACUGGUCUACGCAAUAUCGCCAGGAUACCGGCUCGUACCGUAUCCCCAUCGCCGUCCAGUUCGCAUGGGCAAUCAUCCUCAUCGGGGGAAUGCUCGUGCUACCAGAGACUCCGCGAUUCUUGGUCAAGAAAGGCCAGCACGAGAAGGCCGCGCAAGCCCUUGGCAAGCUUCGAAGAAUCGACCCCAAGCAUUCCGCGAUCGAAGCCGAACUGAGCGAAAUCCGCGCGAACCACGACUACGAAAUGAGUGUUGGAAAGGCCAGCUACCUCGACUGCUUCCGCGGACCCAUGCUAAAGCGACAGCUCACCGGUAUGGGCGUACAAGGUCUACAGCAGCUGACUGGAAUCAACUUCAUUUUCUACUACGGAACUCAGUACUUUAAGAAUUCGGGUAUUCAGGACCCAUUCACCAUUCAGAUGAUCACGUCCUCUAUCAACGUUGUCUCGACGCUUCCUGGUCUAUACGCCGUUGACAAAAUCGGUCGUCGACCACUACUGCUUUGGGGCGCUGUCGGUAUGUGUGUCAGCCAGUUCCUCGUGGCUAUGCUGGGCACUUUGACGACGGGCCAAGAUUCGGCCGGCAACAUUAUCGUCUACAACGUGGCGGCGCAAAAGGCUGGCAUCGCAUUCGUCUGCCUGUACAUCUUCUUCUUUGCCAGCACUUGGGGCCCGCUUGCCUGGGUCGUCACCGGAGAGAUCUACCCCUUGAAGUCCCGCGCCAAGUCUCUCAGCAUGACCACUGCCACCAACUGGCUCCUAAACUGGGCGAUCGCGUACGCAACACCCUACCUCGUGAACUUCGGCGACGGCUACGCGAACCUGCAGUCCAAGAUCUUCUUCGUCUGGUUCGGCGCGUGCUUCCUCUGCAUCGCCUUCGUGUACUUCUACAUCUACGAGACCAAGGGAUGGUCCCUCGAAGAGGUUGAUGAGUUAUACAGCGAGGUCAGCAGCGCCCGAAAGAGCGCUGGCUGGACUCCUAGCACCACUUUCGCGCAGCGACGGGGCGCGCACUCGACUGCGGUGGACGAGAAGCCGGAAGGAAAGAUGGAGCACCACAGUGAUCACUCCGAACAUGCUGUAUAAAGAGGCAGGGCAUUUCGUUGCUAUUUUGAAGAUUUGAUACCCGCGAAGUUGUAUUUCGCACAAAAUAAAGGAAUAUUUGUGCAUCCAAUGUAUAUCCAAGACUUACUGAAUGAUUAGACGUGAACAUAUUUAGAGAAAUAAUGUAACGAUUGAUAAACUUGUUUAAUUUGAUUAAUGAGUGGAACUAUAAUUACAAACU